CAAGCACAGCAUCAAGGCAAGGUUUCUGUUUAGGAAAAAGGGGAUCAUUCGGAACCCGUAUUGAUGAUUGGUUUAUAUCUGAACAUCAGCUGCCGUUAAAUGCUGCAUUGUCGCAUGAUAGCAUCAACGUUUGCCGACGGUCAGGAAGCCCAGACCUCCAUUCAAAAACACGCCAAUUCCUGGUGACGACUGGUCAUCGCACACACAGGACAGAAGGCCAAGCACGGGCAUUACACGAUGCAAAAACAUCCUGGAUGAAUCCCUUCUAAUCAGCCUCGUACAAUCAGUAACAGAGACGGGGACAAUUUUCCACUUUCCCUCGUGGGAGUAACCAUCUUAACGUAUCACCGAAGUUUACCUAACCUCCACACCACCCCUUUAUCAGCACACCCCACACAGUCAUUCUGCCAACGCGAUAAGAUACAGCCAUUCAUCAUCCGCCUCGGUUCUCCCGAGAAGACAGCACCACCACAGCUGCGAUGGACAACGGCGUCAACGGGCCGGGUGGGAAAGGGGACGGCAGUUUCAGCUCCGGCUUGGGCACAGACACCGUCCCCGAAGCUCGUGGGGCGAAACGCCAGCGAAUUGAUACUUCUAGUGAUGAUAAACUCGAAGCACACCAACCAACAGCUCACUCGAUUCAGACUGGCCGCUGCUGUUUUGUCACGGUCGGGGCAACGGCUGGUUUCCGAUCUCUCCUCGACGAGGUCACCACCGCCGAGUUUUUCGAUUGCCUCGCGAAGCACGGUUACACCUCCCUCCAGGUCCAGUGUGGCCCAGACCAUGCUGCCAUCCGGGAACGUGUCGCCAGCGUAAGCGAUGAGGGGAAGCGCGGUAUCUUCGUUCGCUGCUUCAACUACACGGGCGAGAUGACCACCAACAUCCUCAACUGCCGGGGCGAGGACAACGCACGUCCGGCUGGGUGUGUCAUCGCCCAUGGUGGUACUGGAACUGUCGGCGAGGUACUGGGUAUCGGUGCCCCACUAAUUGUCGUCGCAAACCCGACAUUGAUGGACAAUCACCAGCUUGAGCUGGCCGAGACUCUCGAGGCACAGAACCUCGUCGUCCAUGGGCACAUCGGAUCCCUUGCCGCCGCCAUCCACCGGGUCGCCGACCGCAUCACCCAAGGCAGGUUGGACGCGCUCCCACCGUACACCCCGCCGUCGUUUCCUGUUUCUGCCGCCGACCGCGUGACUCUCUUCGAUUGGAUGGUACUGACCUGCUACCCAGACGAGCUCGCCGCCCAGAUGCACGUCACCGAUCUGGGCCUCGUUGAAGCAGAAUUUGCAGCUAAGCAACAACAGCAACCUUAUCAGCAGCAGGGACAACCUAUCGCUAGUGACAAUGUACCCGCCACGGGGAUCAACAGCCAGGAGGACAACGGCAUGCUACAGCUCGAUUAGGAAUACGAGGCUGGCAACGUCCAUGCGUCCGGCGCUGGUGGCGGUCUGACAAACAACAACAAAACAACAACAUUCCCGCCGUCGUAAUCAACGACGUGCUCCAGCGCAACCCGGGCUCCAAGGUUGGCAAUCUUGCCAUGCCUGACGCCGCUGGUGGAGGCAGUGAUCGGAACGAGGAAGAGAGAAGUCGGCUCAUCGACCUCAACGAGGCGGACCUGCCGUUUCCCGAUUUGAAUGGGGCUGGCAAUCACGGCCACCACGACCACCAUACUAUCGGCGGCAAUUACCCAUUGUCCCUAGCACCAUCUUGGUGGAUGAUGGCCCAGCGUUUGGGGUCGCCAAGGUGAAUAGGGGCAUGAGCUGGAACAGGGAUGAGGGUUAUUGAGUGCUAAAUUACCAUCCUGCUCG